GUGGAGCGUUCGCGCGCUGCCAGGAUGCGCUCAGUGUGCGCGUGGCCAACACUUCCACUGAUUGUUGACAACGCGCCUUGCGCGCGUGCACUACUACGCUGCUUAGAGGAGUGAGGUGAAUUUUCCCUUUCAUAUUGACGGAGCAACAGCACAAGUGCAUUUAGGAGGCAGAGACGUUUUUUCUUUGCACUAUUCUGGACCAGUCUCGAGCGUCAGAAGCAGGUGCACUGCUCGCACUCUUUAUUUGACGGAACCACUAAGUCAUGCGCACGCUUAUUGAUGAAAAGUUCAUUCACGCUUACUAAGACGUAGGCUAUACAUCGGGAAAAGUAACCUGGGGCUGAAUAGUGCGUGCUUUAUAAAUUACUCGUCGCACACGAGGAAUACAUAAUAAUUAUGUCGAGGAAAAAAGCGGUCAAAGGAAAGGGGAGUUCAAAUUCACCGAGCUCAUCUCCUAUGAGCGAUAAAGAGAAGGGUAAGAAAGUCCCGACCCAGUCCAACGGAGUGGUGCAUCCCAGCCGACCGUCUCUCAGCAACAGCGGCGAAUUCUACGACAUCGCCUUCAAGGUAAUGCUGGUCGGUGACUCUGGGGUGGGCAAAACCUGUCUGUUGGUUCGCUUUAAAGAUGGAGCUUUUCUGGCUGGGAGCUUCAUCUCAACAGUUGGUAUAGACUUCAGGAAUAAGGUGCUGAACAUUGACAGUGUGAGGGUCAAACUACAGAUCUGGGACACGGCAGGACAGGAGCGAUUCAGGAGCGUGACGCAUGCUUAUUAUCGAGACGCCCAUGCUCUUUUGCUGCUCUACGAUGUGACGAAUAAAGCCUCUUUUGACAGCAUACAGGCCUGGCUCACAGAGAUUCAUGAGUUCGCUCAGCAGAAUGUAGUGAUCAUGCUUCUGGGUAACAAGGCUGAUGCCACACAUGAGAGGGUUGUGAAGAGAGAGGAGGGUGAGAAACUGGCCAAGGAGUAUGGCGUUCCCUUCAUGGAGACCAGUGCUAAAUCAGGUCUGAAUGUCGAGUUGGCCUUCACUGCUGUGGCCAAGGAACUGAAGCACAGGGAGAUGAAGGAGCCUAACGAGCCAAAGUUUCAGCUGCAGGAGUAUGUUAACAAGGAGAUGAAGGGAGUCGGCUGCUGUCGCUCCUAAACUCUGUCUGUCUGUCUGUUUGUGUGUGUGUUUUUCCACUUUCAUCCUCUUCUCUCGCAUAAAUUAGAUGACUGUCAGAUAUUCCGUGUCUCCGGAGACUUUCAUUUUCAAACGCUGUAUUCUUUCUUUUGACCUUCAUGCAAUUCACAGCUCGCAAACAAUGGCGAACGGCACAAAGCGAACAGAGAAGCAGUCGUCAGAAUGCAAUAGGCAUAUGCGUAAAUAUUUACUCUCCCAAUAAAUGCAGAUGUUUCAUCACACUCUCGAAUUGUUCUCCUGACCCACCUCUCCAAGCAGCUGUGAAUGUAUGUUCAACACUCAUGAUCAGUUGUGUCAGAUCUCGCAUCAUGUACAAAUCGUUCAUUCCUAAGCUAAUGAUGAGCUUUUCUGUGGCAGCUUCACUUGAACCCAGUCAUACACUAACUUAUAUUGUGCCGCUAUAAGAUAAACAGA